AUGGGUAACAUGGAGCAGAUAGAGUCAGAGAGCAAAGAAGGCCAACCGAGGAGUAUAGAAAAGCCCUGUAAAGAAGAAGCGCACGUCCUGUCCCAUGCACUCGCUCUCAUAACGGACAGUAAUGGUGAGCAAGGAAACCACGACGGAAUGGGCAACACACAGAGCAACACGUUAGCUCUGAUUGCAGUGGGGGAUUUGAAUCCAGAACCACCAGACCCAUCAGUUGAGCAACCUGUAAGGCUAGAAGAGGAGAUAGAGAUGAGCUCGGAUGUAGCUAAGGAGAGGGGUGCUGGUAGCCGAAGCUUUCCCACCCUGAUAAGAGAUAUUGUUGCAAAGUUUAGAGUGGAUAUACUCGGUCUUGUGGAACCACGUAUUAGUGGGAACAGAGCAGAUAACGUGGUAAAAAAGUUGGGUUUCUCUCACUGGAUAAGGGUAGAAGCUAGUGGGUUCUCAGGAGGAAUCUGGCUUUUGUGGAAUAGUGAGGAGUUCACAAUUACUUACAUAUGCUCCUCGACACAGUUCAUCCACUGUAAGGUGAGUAGCAGAAGGAACCCGAAUAAGGAGUUCAUUACUAUCGUCUAUGGGGAGACGAGGUCAACUGAAAGAAUGAUGCUUUGGGAAUCCUUGAGACUGAUCGCUGGCUCAAUUACUGGACCCUGGUUGGUUCUUGGGGAUUUCAACGCUUAUCUGUCGCCAGGGGACAAGAAGGGCAGGGGUAGCCCGAUUGAAGCAAUCAUGAAACCCUUUCAGGAGUGCAUUGAUGAUUAUGGCUUAGUUAAGUGUGAGAUAAGAGGGGAUAGAUUUACGAGGGAAAGAACUGGACUCAAGGAACGCCUAGACUGGGUCUUCUAUAAUGCGAUAUGGUCUACUUGCUAUCCAAAAACUCUUGUUUCGCAUGAGCUUUGUUUUAAAUCUGAUCAUAGGCUUCUAAUCAUGAACUCCAACGGACUAGAUAACCAUAGGAGGAGACCGAGGACUUUUACUUACCAAGCGGCUUGGGAACUUGAAGAGGAUUUUAAGGAGGUCAUAGCGCAAGCUUGGAAGCAAAAUUCCUGGUUAGAAGGUGUUAAAAAGUUCCAAAAGGAAGCACCAAAAUGGCAUGAUCAACAUGUAGGCAACCUGGGGAAGAAGAAAAAGGACAUUGUGAAAAGACUAGAAGGGAUUGAUAGACAUAGAAGGACUCACGACCACCCGGGUCUUAGAAGGCUGGAGGAGAAACUUUGGGCGCAGUACCAGAAAAUUAUACUGCAAGAAGAAUUACAAUGGUACGAAAGAUCGAGAUGCAAAUGGUUGUUGUGGGGUGACAAAAAUACCCGAUUUUUCCAUGCAUCCACUGUCCUCAGAAGGAAAAAAUAG